UCCGACGAAAAAGCUCUCAUUGCUAAUGAAAGUUCAAAUUAAUGGCAUCGGCGACUAGGUCUCAUUUGCAAUGAAAAUCUCCGAAGUGUUAAAUCGGCUUGUUUUGGUAUAAAUUGUGAAAUUAGCUCCAAAUAUCAAUGUGUAUCGUGCAUUGAGGGAAAACAAAAACGAAAUUCUUUUAAAGAUACUGGUGAAAGAGCUACGGAGUUACUGGAAGUGGUGCACUCUGAUUUACUUGGUCCAUUUAGAGAAAAAUCUUUCUCGGGAAACUGUUAUUUAUUAACAUUUGUGGAUGAUUUUUCCAGAAAAGUUUUUGUUUACCCAAUUAAACGAAAAUCAGAGGUUUUUGAAAGAUUUAUGGAAUUUAAGAAAUCUGUGGAAAAUGAAUGUUCAAGUGACAACGAACAGAAUAUGUAAACAACAGAUUAUCCGAUUUUCUGAAGAACCAUGGAAUAAAACACCAGAAAACCUGUCCAUACACACCUGAACAAAAUGGGGUGGCAGAAAGAAUGAAUAGGACUGUGGUAGAAAGGAUGCGUUGUAUGUUAUUCGACAGCAGUUUAAGUGAAAAAUUUUGGGCAGAAGCUGCUGUGACUUCUGUAUAUCUCAUAAACCGAGUUCCAUGCAGGGGAAAUUCCCGUACUCCAGAGGAACUUGGGCAAAUAAAAAUCCUACAUUAAAACAUUUAAGAGUAUUUGGUUGCAAAGCUAUGGUUCACGUACCAAAACAGAAGCGGUCGAAAUUGUCGAAAAAGUCCAUUGAAAGUAUAUUAGUUGGGUACAGUUCAGAGUCAAAGGCGUAUCGACUGUUUGAUCCAGUAAGAAAAGAAAUCAUUACCAGCAGAAAUGUGUUUUUUUUUCGAAAACGAAUUUCUUGGUGAAACUCUAAAUAAAAAUCAAAAUUUGUAUUUUCCAGAAGUGUAAAAAGAGAUUAAUUCUGAAGGUGUCAAUUCAGGGGAAAGUACGUCAGUAGAAUUGCCAAUGGCGAGAGAACCAGAAAUAGAAAGUACUUCAGAAGAUUUGCCAAUUGCUGGAGAAUCAGAAAAUGAUAUAUUGGAUUUACCACCAAAUGCUGAAAAUAAUUCAACAAGCAGUGAAGAAGAUUUCUUUGAUAGCAUAAUGCUGGAAACAGGACACAAUGACGAACAUUCUGAAAUCCCAUCGUUGGAACUUUCCGAAGCAGUAACUGAAAAUAUUCAAAUUGGACGUUCUGAGAGGAUAGCAAAUAGGCCUAAACGUUCAUUUGUAUUUAGUGCUUUGGAGUUCGUGUCUAAUGACCCAACAAAUUUAUCUGAAGCAAUUUUUUCUCCUUAUUCUGAGGAAUGGAAGCAAGCUAUGAAAGAAGAAUACGAUACUUUGAUUGCAAAUAAAACUUGGAUUUUAACGGAUUUACCAUCUGACAAGAAAGCAAUUCCUGCAAAGUGGGUUUUUAAAACGAAAAUUGGUGCAAAUAACAAGGUAUUGCGAAGAAAAGCAAGCUUGGUGGCAAAAGGUUAUAGCCAAGAAAAAGGAGUAGACUACAACGAAAUUUUUGAUCCUGUGAAUUUAUUGCAUUCGACUGAUGCUCCUUUCCCCGAAUACAAAACACAAUCAUUAAAGAAAUCAAAAUUUAUUCUUCCGCAUUAUGGAGUUUUCAAAGGCAUUUGGGACUGGGUGAUACUGGUAUCAACAUUCUAUGUAGCAAUAUUGGUUCCAUACAAUGCCGCAUUUGCCAAAGCCGAUCGCCAAACUAUGGUGUCUGAUGUCAUAGUUGAAGCGUUGUUCAUUUCAGAUAUAGUUCUCAAUUUUCGAACGACGUUUGUCUCGAGCAAAGGAGAAGUAGUUUUAGAUUCAAGAUUAAUUGCGCUUAAUUACUUGAAAGGAUGGUUCAUUGUGGAUUUGCUUGCAGCGCUGCCCUUUGAUCAUUUAUACGCAUCGGAUUUAUAUGACGGAGAGGAAUCGCAUAUACAUCUGGUGAAACUUACGCGACUGCUUCGAUUAGCGCGUUUACUGCAAAAAAUGGAUAGAUAUUCCCAAUACACGGCUAUGAUACUUACGUUGUUGAUGUUGCUGUUUUCGUUAGUCGCACACUGGCUUGCUUGUAUAUGGUAUGUCGUUGCUGAAAAGGAAAACACAGUCAAUGAUAAUGGGUGGAAUAUUGGUUGGAUGUAUGCUCUUGCUGAUCGACUAAAAGUUCCAACAUCGAAUAUAACUAAUGUGGAAGCCUACACAACAGCACUAUACUUCACAUUUACAAGUCUUACGUCUGUGGGGUUUGGUAACGUAUCAGCUAAUACCACUGCCGAAAAAGUGUUCACUAUAAUAAUGAUGUUGAUUGGAGCUCUGAUGCAUGCCGUUGUGUUUGGAAAUGUAACUGCUAUAAUUCAACGGAUGUACACUAGGCGCUCAUUGUAUGAAAGCAAAUGGCGUGAUCUGAAGGACUUUACAGCACUACAUCAGAUGCCGAAGGAAUUGAAACAACGAAUCGAAGACUAUUUUCAAACGUCAUGGUCUCUUAACCACGGAAUUGAUAUAAAUGAAACUUUACGGGAAUUUCCAGAGGAACUACGUGGCGAUAUUUCCAUGCAUCUUCACAGAGAAAUUUUGCAGUUACCCAUAUUUGAAGGAGCCUCACAAGGAUGUUUAAAACUUUUAUCGCUGCACAUCAAAACUAAUUUCUGCGCACCUGGAGAAUACUUAAUACGUAAAGGAGAUGCUCUCAACUACAUUUACUAUCUUUGUAACGGUUCAAUGGAAGUAAUGAAAGAUGAAAUGGUUGUUGCGAUUCUUGGUAAAGGAGACCUCGUGGGUUCUGAUCUCAAUCUUCAAUUAGCUGGUAUAACAAAUGGGCAGUUAGCGGCCUCCAUCAGUAAUACUGGACAAGAUAUUGUUGUUAAAAGUAGUAGCGAUAUUAAGGCACUUACAUAUUGCGAUUUAAAAUGUGUACAUGUGGGUGGGUUGGUAGAAGUUCUACGUUUGUAUCCUGAGUACCAACAACAGUUUUCAAAUGAUAUUCAACAUGAUUUAACUUUCAACUUGCGAGAAGGCUUCGAAAGUCAAGAUUCCGACAUAGGACCCAAUUUUCCUUUACCUAGUAUAAAUGAGGAUGAUGAAAAUAUGCACGACAGCGAAGGCAAUGAUGAAGAUGUCGAUAGUGGUAUAGCAACUAUUUCGCCCCAUCACAGCAUUGCCACCCCCUCACCUUUACCUGUUCGUUCCCCUCUGCCAGCUGUUAACAGCCCACGAUUGUUAAAAAUUCAAAAACGAGGCCGAUCGCUAGGGCGGCUUCGGGAACGCUAUGAGAGGCAGCGUUCCCUAAAUGCUACAUUUAGCCUCGAUACUACUUCAUUUGAAGAUGAUCCCUGCGAAGAAGAGAGUGAUCUGCAUGCCUUCACCAAUCAGAAAAUACAUUCCUUGGAGAGGUUAGACUCACAAGUAAAUACUCUUCAUGAAGAUAUGAAUCAAUUAAGCUGCGAAGUACGAAAUGCUCUACAAGUAUUACAGGAAAUGACGUUCUCAACAAUUGCAUCGCAUGGAAGCCUAAAAUUUCCGCCUGCCCGAUCUAUUCCUAACAUCAGCGCAAUUUCACCUGGAAAUAAACACCCUUCCAUUAUCAGUGAAGAAUCUAGCCUUCAACGCAGUUCCUCGCACCCACCAAGUAUUUGGGGGCGAGAUUUGCACAAUGAACAUAACAAUGUGUUAAACCGCAGAUGUCAGGGGCCAGCAACACUUGCUAGCUCACCAGAUAAAUCCCAAAUAAUUUCACGCGCUUGUCAAACGGAUUUCGUAAACUUCAACGUUUGUUCAUUGGAACGCUUUAUUGUUAAGAAUCGGCGUCUUGUCCUAAAUAUUUUGGGAGUAGACUCAAACACUAAUACGAGCAAAAUCCAUUCCCCUUCACACUCACCAAAGACAAGUUCAAAUGACUUUAAAUUGGAUAUAUGUUUACCAAAUGAUCAUAGAUUUUCCGAAGCUGUGUUGCAGAUUGAAGAACCCAUUCCAUCAUCCACUAACGACUUUAUACUAAAACAUAAAUCAAAUCAUCCCAGUAGUAUUAAUUGUUUCAUAGCAGAUUAUUAUAGAAAUUUAACUGAAAAUUCAUCAGAUAAAAUUUCAGAGACUGUACGACAUGAUACUCAAUCUUCGGCUUCUCUGUUUUAUGGGGUGAAAAACUGCGAUGAUUCCCUAACAUUAGAACAAUAUAGCAAUGCAAAAUCUACUAACAUCAAUUCUGUCACAUAUCGGUUUUCCGCUGGAGAUGCUGAAAAUAUAGAAAAACAAAUUUUCCCAGUAUCUUCAACUUAUUCGCUUCGAAGCAAUAAUUAAAUAUAUAUCAUGCUAUAUAAAAUGGAUUUCAUGACUAAACCUAAAGUUGAGAAUAUAUCGUUGUGGUUGGCAAUUCGGAAUAACACAA